UGAGACACAGUAAUUCGGUUGACAUUUUCCCUGCACUGGAAUGGGAAAAAUUCUAAAGGACCCAUAUCCAAGGUGUUAGUGGAGGUACAUGUAGUUUUUUAUAGAAGAUUUCUGCACCUUUUUAUUCUAUUAUAACAGCUGUUAUAAUGGAUAAAAUGGCAGAGAAAGGAGAUAAAAGAAAGGUUCAUAAAGUUUGGAAACACCUUACAUUUGUUCUUGGGGCGUUUUCCUUAGUGCUCUUGAUCGCGAUUUCAGUGGCUGUUGUUAUAAUCAGUAGAAAAAAAUCUGAGCAUAUCCCAGAUUGCUUUGGAAUUCCUGCUUCCGGUCCAAUAGAUUUGACGGAGCCGGAUUCACCUCCUGCUUUCCACGACUUGACCAGGGAAGAAAUUCAAACUAUUUUGGAUUUUAUGUACUCAUUGAAAAAAUUGAAUCUAACAGAACCUCCAAAUGCCACCAUUGACUCAAAUUAUAUAUACUCUGUGGAACUUGUUCUUCCCAAGAAAAGCAGUAUCAUUCAACCUUAUCCCGAGACAUUAAUGAAGAGACGUGCAUUGGUGACGAUAUUUAAGGGAGCUAACUCAAAACCAGAUGUUUUAGAGUACCGGGUAGAUAUAACAUCAUCACCACCAAAGCUACUGUCCACUAAGUCUGUCCCCUUUUCUUUCCGACCAUUAUCUUUCACAGAGUUUGUAGUCUCUGAAAGUGUCCUCAAAGAAGAGUGCAGAAAUGUUGUAGGAGACAUUUUGCAGCAAAGUUUCGGAGGAAAUCUUUUAAAUUGUGGUAAUAAAUGUUUAGGAAUCGCAGCUAUUGUUCCUUUUCCUUCUCACAUAGCCGGAAUACGCGGUCAAGGUUAUCGCGCUAUGUGGGCUCUAUUCCUGCAAAUGAAAGAACCAAGCGACCUUCAUCCAGUUGAUUUUGCUGUCCUUCUGAGAAUGAAUGGAACUGCUAGACCCGAAACCAGUGACGUUUGGUAUAACAAUAGAUUGUUUGAUUCAUUAAAAAGUUUUAAGGAGAAAUGGUACAAUGGAGAAGUUGCCAAGCAGCGCGUUGAUUUCCCGCCUUCUCAUACACACACUGAAGUCUUUCCCGAAUACCCACAAAGACCUCCUAUUGAGGUCGAACCAGAUGGAAAACGGUACACCAUAAAAGACCGGAAAGUGACCUAUAUGAACUGGAACUUUCAGUUUGGAAUAUCUAUUACGCAUGGUCCCCAGUUGUACCAAAUCAAAUUUAAAGAUACUCUAAUUGUUUAUGAGUUGGGAUUGCAAGAAAUUUUGGUCUUUUAUUCGUCGUCAGAUCCAUCCAGAAUGUUUGCCAACUACUUUGACAGCCUUGCAUUGAUAGGAGACAAUAUACGUACUCUGGUUCCUGGGGUAGAUUGUCCGAACCAUGCGACUUUUAUUGACUUUGCGCACAUGUCGGAAUUAUCAAGAGCACCUGUUACGGAAAGUAAUGCCAUAUGCGUAUUUGAACAUAACACGGGUAUUCCGCUCCGACGCCAUCAUGGACUUUAUGAAGCCCCUUCCGGGUAUUAUGAAGGUGUACCAAAUAUUGUUCUUAUUCUUCGAAUGAUUACAACAAUCAGUAAUUAUGACUACAUAUUUGAUUUCAUCUUUUAUCAAAAUGGAGUUCUUGAAACUAAGGUGACAUCAACAGGGAUCAUCCUUACUUCUCCCAUGAUAUCACAAAGAAAAUACGGCUUUCAGCUAAAUGACCGUUCUAUUGGUACCAUACAUCAUCACAUGUUUCAUUUCAAAGUUGACAUUGAUAUAGGCGAUUCCAUCAAUAGCUACUCGACUUUUGACAUAGAAAGAGACAGCAUUGAAAAUCAAUUCUCAAGAGAGAAAAAUCCAGAUAAAUGGCACCAAGAGAAGAUCGUACAAGUAAACUAUGCUACUGAGAGAGAGGCCGCAUAUAAAUUUAACUUCAGCAUCCCAAAAUACCACGUGUUCUACAGUGAAGACGAUACUCACAAGGACAAAUUCGGUAAUCGGAGAGCUUACAGACUACUACAUCGGGGUUUGUCAAAAAGUGGGUUACAAGAAGGUUACGGAAAUGAACCUGGGGCGUCGUGGAUGAGGUACCAAAUGGCUGUCACAAAACGCAAAGAGACCGAACCUUACAGCUCAUCCAAAUAUGCUAGCUUUGAUGGAGAACAACCAACCGUGGACUUCGAAGGUUUUAUUGGGGACGAAAAUAUACAAAAAGAGGAUCUGGUUGCGUGGGUCACCAUGGGGACCCAUCAUAUUCCCCACACAGAGGAUCUGCCCGUAGUGACGACACCCGGAACUGACGUCAGCUUCCUCCUGCUGCCAUUCAACUUCUUCCAUGAGGAUCCAAGCAUUGGUAUCCGUGACAAUAUCCGCAUUCAUUACGAAAAUAUCCAAAAUCCAUCGGAGCCAUUAACAAUUAAGAGGCAAACAAAAGCGGAAGACCUGAAUUGUUUACCUCCAAAGACGUAUAGUCUUGAUGACCUUAAAGUAAAACCCGAGGCAUUUAUCAGCCGUAUGAUUUAGAUUGUUUAAAUUCAACAAUUACUUUAAACAGUUAUAAUUACUCAUGUACAUUUUAAAUAAAAAAAAAAAUUAUGAAAGUUUUAUUUCUGUAACCAAAGUAUACCGUUUUGAUAGUUCAUAUGCAGUGCAUAAAAG